AGGAGUCGAGCUCUCCUGAGCUUGGAGGGAGGCCACAGCCACAGCGCGCAAGCCACAGGGCGCAAGCGACAGAGCAGUCGAGCUCUUGAGCUGAGAGGGAGGAAGGCAGCGGGAGCGGCGGGGAGCCCGGACCUGAUCCUCAAGCGCGCCGAUCCACACGAUUUCCGCCAUCCCCACCCUCCUCGACGAAGGCACGGCCACUACAUCUUCUCCCCUCGGUCGACGCCUCCCCCACUCGUGACUCUUAAACCAUCCCCGGUCACCCCCACGGGCCUCGCGACUCCGCGCCCAUCCGCAUUCCGUCCUCCCGCAUGGCGCCGUCCGCCACCAGCUCCAUGGCCUCCGUCUCCCGGGCCCUCCGCCCGCGGCCCCGCGCCGCCGCCUGCUCGGCUCCUCGUCUGGGGUGCGGAUUGGGAAUCGCGUGCUCGAUGCCAAGUUUGGGAUUGGCCGUUGUGACUGCACCGUCUGCUACCGUCACUCCGGCUCUGAGGAGACGCCAAAUUUUGUGCCAGGCUGAAGCUAACAUAUCUAAUAAUCUUCCGGAGAAGUUGCCUGCUAAAGUUAGCCAGCCUGCUAAAGUUAGCCAGCCUGCUGAAGUUAGCCAGCCUGCUGAAGUUAGCCAGUACGAAAAAAUUGUCGAGCUGCUUACCACUCUUUUCCCUGUCUGGGUUAUAAUAGGUACUGUUAUUGGGAUCUACAAGCCAGCUAUGGUUACCUGGUUGGACACCGAUCUUUUCACUAUCGGGUUAGGACUUCUAAUGCUAUCGAUGGGGCUAACAUUGACAUUUGAAGAUUUUAGGAGAUGCUUGAGGAAUCCAUGGACAGUUGGUAUAGGAUUUCUUGCACAGUAUUGCGUCAAACCUCUGCUAGGACUCGCUAUUGCAACGACCUUGAAGUUACCCGCUCCUCUUGCAACUGGUCUUAUUUUGGUCUCAUGUUGCCCUGGUGGACAAGCAUCAAAUGUUGCAACUUACAUAUCGAAGGGAAAUGUUGCGCUUUCAGUUCUUAUGACCACCUGUUCAACUAUUGGUGCUAUAAUAAUGACACCCCUCCUGACUAAACUCCUUGCUGGUCAACUAGUUCCUGUUGAUGCAGCAGGAUUGGCCAUCAGUACUUUCCAGGUUGUUUUAUUGCCGACUGUUCUUGGAGUAUUGGCCCACGAAUAUUUCCCCAAGUUUACUGAGCGCAUUAUCACCGUAGCACCCCUGUUCGGAGUCCUCCUCACCACUUUGCUUUGUGCGAGCCCUAUUGGGCAAGUCGCAGAAGUGUUGAAAACUCAAGGUGCCCAACUUAUUAUCCCUGUCGCUCUGCUACAUGUUGCUGCAUUUGCUCUUGGGUACUGGUUAUCGAGAUUCUCUAGCUUUGGGGAAUCAACUUCUAGGACCAUCUCAAUUGAAUGUGGCAUGCAGAGUUCUGCGCUUGGAUUUUUACUUGCUCAAAAGCACUUCACAAAUCCGCUCGUUGCUGUUCCUUCUGCUGUCAGCGUUGUGGCCAUGGCCCUUGGAGGGAGUGCUCUUGCAGUUUUCUGGAGAAGCAUAGGGCUUCCAGCGAAUGACAAGGACGACUUCAAGGAGUGAACAAACUCAACAAGAGAACCUAUCGCUGUCACCUGGUAUUGGUUUUUAGAUGAGCGUGGUUACAUCAGAGCAGAUUCAUGUUCCCAAAUUUCAGGAAUGGAUAUCAAGGCCUAUAUUCUAUCCUGUGGGUUAUCCUUAGGGGUUACACUCUUGUUAUGUUUGUUGUGUAAUAUUUCACCUCUGCUUUCCCGCAGAGCAGUCAAAAAAGUCUUGUGGACCCUUGGGUGGUCCAAGUAACUGGUCUGUUUGUUCCAAUAGUUGAUAUGACAAUUAAGAAUUAUGAUUAUCCUGUGCUAUUGUUGAAUGCAUCGAUUGAAUUUUGAGCUA